UUCUUUAUUGGAGGCGCUUUGGAGGUCGUCAUCGUAGUUAUGGUAAUGUUCAUCCUUCACAGGUAUCGUUCAAAUACUUAAUGUAGUAAGGGCGUAAUGGAGUGUCUAGGGAUGCUAGGGAGUAAAUCUUGGCUUGAUUGACUUCCUAGAGGCAUAGGGGUAGCUAGGGACAGUGUGAAGUAGAUGCAUGGGACCUUUUACGCAAUAGACUAUUUUGAACAAAUAUACUUUGUAGAAAUUACUUAUACCUUCAAGUUUUAUGUCUUUUUGUCGAUCACCUCGUGUAUGGUAUUUAUGAAAGUACAAAUUGAGAUGUGGUCGGAAAAAACUUAUAGGUCUUUUUUUUAUUCUUGGUGGUAUGGCGUGCUUGAUUUCUGCUUUUCUGCGAAAUGACAAUGAGUCCCUUGACUCCUUGAGAACUUCUCUUUCUCUGAUUGGACGGAUGUGUUUAGCUGGAGAUGUAGCUGUUAUGUUCAUUUAUACUGCCGAGUUGUUUCCAACAGUUGUAAGAAGUGUUGGUUUCAGUGUUGCUGUGUUUGGUGCAAGGGUUGGCUUUCUUUUAGCUCCACAAAUUAACCUCAUUGGCAAGUUCACCAAUGAGACGGUGCCAUUUGUCAUUUUUGGAGCUUUUGCUCUUUUGGCCGCGUUUUCUCUCUCAGUAAUGCCAGAGACGAUGAACACGAAACUUCCUGAGACCAUAGAAGAAGUUAGCAACAAUACAAAGUCAAGCUUUACUGUAGAAUUUCCUCUCACUUCAACAUCCCAGACAGUAAACAUAAAACUUCAUAAAACUAUCAAAGAAGCAUGCAACAAGACAAACUCAAGCAAUACAGCAGUAAAAGUACAAGAAGAUGAAUAAGUUGCUGCGUCGACCAUUUUUAUUGAACUAUUUAUAUGUACUCAGGACUCGAUGGUCGCUUGGGUACAUUUGGGGAUUUUUAUGUAUCCAUGGAAAAUUGAAGAACGUACUGAAUUUGAUGAUGAUGAUGAGAUGAAAUGACUGGAAUCAUGGAGAGAAUAUUUCGGUGUUGACAAAAGAUGUUUUUCUCAUUUUAAAUAGAAUACGAUGGAUGAAUAAUUAAUCUCGUGUAUGUUUACUUGAAACAAACGUAAAACUGUACAGUUAUAUAGGCGCAGGACGUCAAUUAGUGCCAUAUAUGUGAAAUUGUAGGGCUUAAAUCCUUAAAAGAUUGACAAGUUUUAUCGAAAAUAUUUUUUAACGCUACAGUU